UUCAAACAAGGCCCAAAAAAGAGAAAUAAAAUAAAAUAUUGAGAAACCAGGGUAACUGAAAGAUUAAGCUUGGAGAGUAAGGCGCAUGAGAUGGGUACCAAUAUCCCUCUCUACCAUUUCAACAGUGUUAGCCAUAGCCAAUAGCCAAUAGUGAUGCCCAUUCCAAGGUUUAUGCUCUUUUCAUCCCAACAUCGCUCCGUUGGAGAGACCCUCACUCUUCUUUUCAGGUGUGUUCCCUCCAACACAACUCAAUCUGUUAGAUAUACAAAAUUCACGAGACACGGUAAAACAAGACAUGAUGUGCUACCUGCGGAAUCGAGCUCAACCUCUCAAGAUUCUCGCUCAUGGGGUACUUAUGUUGCUCCAGCUGUUGUUCUAGGAUUUGCUGGGCUUGCAGCUUUUUUUCACUACAAUGAUGAAAGGAGAGCAGUUCCAAAAGGUCAUCUGGGUAGUGGCCGCGGUGUAAAUGUUGUCAAUGGACCCAUUAUUGGGGGUCCAUUUACACUAAUUAAUACAGAGAGACAAACAAUUACAGAGCGUAAUUUUCUUGGGAAUUGGGUCCUUCUAUACUUUGGAUAUACCUCUUCCCCUGAUCUCGGGCCUGAGCAAGUCCAAAUUAUGGCCAAGGCAAUUGAUAUAUUAGGUUUGCCACUUCAAUGUUCAAGCUCAGCUUACUGUUUUACAAGUUUCUUUUCCUGGGUUAACCUUAACAUUAUGUAUUUUAUUUGGGUCAAGAAUCAAAACAGAAUCUUAAUAUCUUACCAGUAUUUGUUACUAUUGAUCCUCAACGUGAUACUCCCUCACAACUUCGUGCAUACCUUAAAGGUUAGAUUGUCUCGGUUGGAAAACUGUCAUAAUUUUUAUUUUUGGAACUUUUGGCUUUGGUCGCUUUAUGUUAUACCCUUACCCUCUCCUCAAUGAAUUUACCCCAUUAACUUUCCUUGUCUCUCUCUUCCUCUGGUGUGCUGUAGAGUUUGACUCGCGAAUCAUUGGAUUAACUGGACCUGUUGCUGCUGUCAGGCAAAUGGCACAAGAAUAUCGUGUUUAUUUUAAAAAGGUAGAAGAGGAUGGCAAUGAUUAUCUUGUUGAUUGUUCCCACAACAUGUAAGCCUUUAUUUUCUACCCUCAUCCAUUGUUCUAUAGUUUUGUAUGGUUUCACUUAAGCUGUGUUAAAAAAAUUAGGUAUUUGUUGAACCCUAAAAUGGAGGUGAUGAGAUGCUUUGGAGUCGAGUAUAAUGCAGAGGAGUUGUCAGAAGAGAUAUGGAAAGAGCUAAACAAAAACCCAUCUUGAUGCUAUAGGCUACCGAAUGCAGCCUGAUAUUACUUCUUCAAUCCAUGCAUCUAUUGAUCUCUGGCAUGAUCACAAAAUAAUUUACUUACGACUAAGUAACUUUGACAUUGGAGGAUUGGAUUUAACGUUGCUUUAUUUUCAAUUAGACUAACACGGAAAAAUAUAAUGGCAAUUUGAGCUUCGUUUCGAGUUUGGAGUUU